UUCAUCACAGACACACUGAAGAGAUGGAAACAGGAGCUGAUGGAGAGGACUGUGAUGAAAAUCAGUCAGAUUUGAACUCUGUGAAAAACAUCAAAGAUAGGAGACCACAGACUGAUAAGAAGUCACAUAGUUGCCCUCAGUGUGGUAAAACAUUCAAGAGGAAAUGGCAUCUGAACCAACAUAUUAGAAUCCAUACUGGAGAGAAACCGUUCAGCUGCUCUAAGUGCGGUAAAAGCUUCAAAAGAAAGUCUUGUCUGAUAGAUCACUUGGUAAAUCAUGGAGAAGAGAAACCAUUUAGCUGCUCUGAGUGUGGUAAAAAAUUUGCCCGAAAAAGAAAUAUGACAAUACACAUGCGAGUACACACUGGAGAGAAACCCUUCAGAUGCUCUGAGUGUGGUCAAAGCUUUAACUACAAGUCUGGUCUGACAGCUCAUAUGGCGCGUCAUGGAGGAGUGAAAGCAUUCUGCUGCUCUGAGUGUGGGAAAAGAUUCAAUUUCAAAGGAAAUCUGACUCAGCACAUGUUGGUUCACACAAGAGAGAAACCCUUCAGCUGCUCCGAGUGUGGUAAAAGAUUUACCCAAAAAGGAAGUUUAACUAUACACAUGAGAAUUCACACGGGAGAGAAACUAUUUAACUGCUCAAAAUGUUCCAAAGAAUUUAACCAAAAGACAUCUCUGACCGCUCACAUGGCCCAACACACAGGAGAAAAACUCUUCAGCUGCUCCGAGUGUGAGAAAGGAUUUAACCUCAAAGGCAAUCUGACUAUCCACAUGAGCGUUCACACUAAAGAGAAAAGCCCGAGCUGCUCUCAAUUGGAUAAAAUAUCCAAACUGAAGUCUUGUCCGACACCUCACAUGGCUCAUCACAAAGGAGAGAAAUCCUUCAACUGCAAUGUUUGUGGACAGAGUUUCUUUUUGUGUACUCAGUUAAAAGGACACAGAUGUGUUGGCGAGCAGGCUUCAGAGUCUCAAGAAAACCAAAUGUGGGAAAAAAGAGAGGAAGAUAGUGGAGUUGAUGAAGAAGGCUGUGGAUCACCACAGAAAGCCAGGACCUUAGAACCAGAAAACCAUAAACUACCAGAGACUGAGGUCAAGAUUGAAGACUCUUCUGAAGCUGAGACUGAUGACAGUGAUGACUGGAAGGAGACCAGAGAACAUCAGUCAGGUUCAAACUCUGGGAAAAAACAAAAAGAUAAGAGAACAAAGGCUGAUAAAAAAUCCCAUAGCUGCUCUCAUUGUGGUAAAACUUUCAAAAGGAAAGGACAUCUGACCACACACAUGAUCAUUCACACAGGAGAGAAACCCUACAGCUGCUCUGAGUGUGGUAAACAAUUUCAACGCAAAGGGAGCAUGACCAGACAUAUGAUAAUUCACGCAGGAGAGAAACCCUACAGCUGCUCUGAGUGUGGUAAAAUUUUUAGCCAUAAAGAAAGUAUGUCUGCACACAUGAAAACUCACAGGGAAGAGAAACCAUUCCUCUGCACUCAGUGCGGGAAAGGGUUCAACUACAAGUCUUGUCUGACAGGUCAUAUGGCAUGUCACACAGGAGAGAAACCCUUCGGAUGCUCUGAGUGUGGGAAAAGAUUUAACUUCAAAGGAAACCUGACUCAGCAUUUGUUAGUUCAUGCAGGAGAGAAACCCUUCAGUUGCUCAUACUGCGGUAAAUGUUUUAAACAAAAGUCUUGUCUGACAAUUCACAUGGCACAUCACAGAGGGGAGAAACCCUUCAGCUGCAACUUCUGUAAUCAAAGAUUCUGUUGGCCCUUUCAGCUUAAAAAACACAAGCGUGUAUGUGGUCAGGCUCCAGAGCUUCAUCAAAACGAAGCUGAAGAGAAAAAAGACGACUGGCGGAGACCAGAACAAUCCAGGGACGCAAAUCCAGAGAGACGUCUACACCCAGAGAUCAAGGUGAAGAUGGAAGACUCUUCUGAACCUGAAGACCAGAGGAUCUCAGUCAAGUCUACAGUCUGAAAAACAUGUGGAGUCUCUGUCAGUGAUAUGAGAUGUUCUACUGCUGAGCUUCUCUAUGUGAGCUGACCUUCUCAAGAAACAACAA